UGUGUUGCAAUGAACCAAUUACCUCCUUCCUGAAUAGUGUAAUAGUAGAGUAAUCGAUAGCCCAUUACAGGGCUGGCUCACCAGUGAAUACAGGAAACACAGACGGCAUAAAUUAUGCAUGCAGUGCUGGUUCUUUAGUCUCCAAGCAGUGAGAGGGGGCUUGUGGAGAGAGCAGGGAUUGCUUCUUACAUUAAGAGACUGCAGAAAAGGACUUCAUAUUUUUGUGCAGGCAAGUGACAGUAAUUCUGGUGCCUUUUUUUUUUCAAGGAGACUGAGAAAAAAAUAAAAUAAAAUCCCUGGUCUUAUUUUACUAAGCAUUUUGGUCAGCAAGCAUUAACGACAUACAGUGCAGAACAAAUAUUCCUACUGCCUGACCACCCUGAUUCUGCAAUUGGCUUGGAGUUGCUGUUUGGGCUGAGUUUUGCUCUGAGGUCACAGCUUGAAAUCCUUUUAAUUUGAUGGCUGCUGCAGGAUAGAAUAUACAAAACAAUCCCCCUGCUCUACACAGAAAGUGGAAUAUUUACAUGGGAGUGGGACGGUGUCUCUUUUUCAUAUCCAGAGGCAUUACAAGACAGUCAAGUUUAAGCAGAAUACAAGACUUCAACCCUUGAAAAUCGAUGCUGUUUCAUUAGAAAACUGAGAGAAAAUGCAACCCCUGACCUUAUACCUUGUUUGUUUGUCAUUUAUGUUGUGCCAUGCUGAGGAAGGUACGGGAUAUGGACCAGUAUUUGAGGAGGAGCCAAUUGAUACAGUAUAUGCAGAGGAGUCUCCUGAAGGAAAAGUCACUAUGAACUGCAGAGCACGAGGAAACCCAGCUGUUGUAUACAAGUGGAAAUUAAAUGGCUGGGAUAUCCAUGUGUUAGACACAGAUGAUCACUACACUAUGGUAGGAGGGAACCUGAUCAUUAACAACCCAGAGAAAAGCAGGGAUGAAGGGCGGUACCAGUGUGUAGCAAAAAAUAUAUAUGGCAGUGUGGUCAGCAGAGUGGUCACCAUCAAGUUUGGAUAUGUACGAGACCUUGAUCCGUUUUUAACAGAAGAACGCUCUGCAGUGUCUGUGAAAGUUGGACAAGGCGCUGUGCUGCUCUGUGCACCUCCACCACAUUACCCAGAUGACUUGUCAUACCGCUGGCUUCUGAACGAGUUCCCCAUCUUUAUCACGCCGGAUAAUCGAAAGUUUGUAUCUCAGACAACUGGCAAUCUGUACAUUUCGAAUGUGGAUCCAGCAGAUAAGGGCAAUUACUCAUGCUUUGUGUCCAGUGCAUCUAUUGCAAAAAGCGUCUUCAGCAAGUUCAUUUCACUGGUUCCCCAGGACGAACGUGAGAAAGUGAGAAAGUAUCCAGCAGACAUAAAAGUUCGGUUCCCAGACACCUAUACACUGGUUGGACAAAACGUGUCACUUGAAUGUUUUGCUCUUGGAAACCCCAAUCCCAAAAUUGUGUGGAGAAAAGUCGAUGCGCCCUUUCCAAGCAACUAUGAGAUCAGUUUGUCUGGUUCCGUUUUCACAAUAUUUAACAUCCAGGUUAAAGAUGAGGGCCUGUAUGAAUGUGAAGCACUGAACGUGAAAGGAAAAGAUAGACACCAGGCAAGAGUUUAUACCGAGGCUUACCCAGAGUGGGCAAAACAUAUAAAUGACACUGAAAAAGACAUUGGAAGUGAUCUGACUUUGUCAUGUGAAGCCAAAGGCAUUCCUAAACCUACUAUCAGAUGGCUGAAAAAUGGAAUUGGGUAUGGUAAGGGUGAUUUGAAAUUCUAUGGACUGACCUUGGAGGAUGCUGGAAUGUAUCAGUGUGUAGCAGAAAACAAGCAUGGAACUAUUUAUGCAAAUGCUGAGUUACGAGUAAUUGCCAGUGCACCUGAUUUUGAAUUGAACCCUGUGAAAAAGAAGCUUCUGGGUGCUAAAGGUGGUAGAGCGGUAAUUGAGUGCAAACCAAAAGCUGCCCCCAAACCCAAAUUCUCCUGGAGUAAAGGGACUGAACUGCUGCAAAAUAGUACAAGGAUAUAUAUUUGGGAGGAUGGGAGUCUGGAAAUCCUAAAUGUCACAGUAGCGGAUGAAGGAAGGUAUACAUGCUUUGCAGAGAACGACAGAGGGAAGGCUAAUAGCACAGGCACCCUUUCUGUUACAGAAGCGACUAAAAUUACUCUUGCACCUUCUAAUGCUGACGUGACUGUUGGAGAAAAGGCUACCAUGCAGUGCCAUGCCACUCGGGACCCCUCACUGGAUCUUACAUAUAUCUGGUCUGUGAACAACCACGUCCUUGACUUUGAUAAAGAGAAGGAGCACUACGGUCGAAAUUUGAUGAGUGAAGACAGAGGGGAUUUGUUCAUUGCAAAUGCCCAGUUACGGCAUGCUGGGAGGUACACCUGCACAGCUCAGACAAUAGUGGACAAUUCUUCAGCAUCCGCAGACCUGGUUGUGAGAGGACCACCAGGACCUCCAGGUGGUGUUCGAGUGGAAGAGAUCAGAGAUUCCUCAGUGAAAUUGACAUGGAGCCGUGGAACUGACAAUCACAGCCCUAUUUCCCUAUACACCAUCCAGGCCAGGAGUAUGCUGUGGGAGGACUGGAAAACUGUCAAAACAUCUCCUUCAAACAUCGAAGGCAAUAUGGAGGCAGCAAAUGUAAUUGAUUUAAUUCCCUGGAUGGAGUAUGAAUUCCGUGUAAUAGCAACAAAUACAUUAGGGACAGGAGAGCCUAGCAUGCCGUCGAGACAAAUUAAGACUCUGGAAGCAGCUCCCACUGUGGCUCCAUCUGAUAUUGGAGGGGGUGGGGGAAGCAACCGAGAGCUAACAAUUACAUGGACGCCGGUGUCAAGAGAGUACUACUUUGGUGGUAAUUUUGGCUACAUAGUGGCCUUUAAGCCACACGGUGAUAAGGAAUGGAGGAAGGUUACAGUGGCUUCUCCAGAAGCCAGGCGUUAUGUACACAAAGAUGCAUCUAUCACCCCGUCCACUGAAUUCCAAGUCAAAGUCAAAGCUUACAACAACAAGGGAGAGGGUCCCUUCAGUCUAACAGCGGUUGUUUAUUCAGCCCAAGACGCUCCUACUGAAGCACCAACAGGUGUAACAGCUCGGAGCUUGUCAUCCUCUGAAGCCCAGGUCUCUUGGGUGCCUGUUGUCCAGCACACAAUAGAGGGGUAUGAGGUUCGAUACUGGAGGACACAAGACAAAGAAGAAGCUGCACAUCGAGUACAAGUAUCCAGUCACACUAAUUCAACCAGACUGGAAAAUACACUUCCAGAUGCACAUUACCACAUAGAGGUCCGAGCCUUUAACUCUGCUGGAUAUGGGCCUCCCAGUGAGCUCUGUGAUAUCUACACAAAGAAAGCACCUCCUAGCCGCCCUCCAAAAAUAGUCAGUAAAUAUAUUGUCGGUUCCCGAGUGAGCAUCGUCUGGGAGCAUGUUGAACCUUUGGCUAAUGAAUCCAGAGUGGUUGGAUACAAGGUGCUGUACAGACAAGAAGGAAAGCCAGGAGGAACGUUGUAUUCAACCGGUAAACACUAUAUAGAUGUACCAAUUCCAAAAGAUGGCGAGUAUAUUGUUGAAGUUCGUGCACAUAGUGAAGGAGGAGACGGAGCAGUGGCUCAAGUCAAAAUCACGGGUGAACUCGGAGGAGCCGUCAGUGUACAGUCUGCCAGUGUCACCAGUUUGCUGUUUUUGGUCCUGGUUGCUAUUUGUUGCCUGGAGCUGUGAAUGUCGCUUCAUUAUUUUUCUUCACUCUAGUGAAGUGGACUCCGAAAGGUUCAAGCCUGUGAGGACAUUGGAUCUUUUCAGAAUCCCUGAUAUCAUCUUAAAGCCAAAUACAAAGCUCUUUGGAAUAUAUAAGUGGAAAUGGUAAAGGACAAAGACAGCCAGAAAAUCCCAUAUUAAGUACCUAUAAAAAAAUAUAUUUGAAAGAGAAUUCUAACUUCUAACUUGUUCAAUAUGCCUUCUAGAAACAUUUACACUUUUACAGUUGCAUGAUUUGGUCUCAAGGUACAAGAUGCCAGUGAUAUAAAUACAAUAGCUAAGGCUGUUAAAUCCCCACAGUAGGGGAUUUACCUUCAAGAACAAAUGUCCAAUUUAUUUAAUAGAGCAUUUGGGUGUAAGUGGUAUGUGUAAGAGUAAUUGAGUCUGUCUUAUAUGUUUGUGUUCUGCAAAUUGUAUUAAUGGCUGUUGUUCCUUUCUACAUAAAUAAAGCACCCCCAAUAUAGAUACAGUCAAAACCAAUACAAAUUUCAUUUACAUGUUGUAUAUAGUAACAAACUUAAAUGUUUCAUGGCACAGCUUAGCUUUGCUUGCUAUAGCCUACGUAUGCACAGCCCAUCGCUAUCUGUACAUCUAGCAAUUGGCUUUUUGCAUUUUUUAAACUUCAUAAUUGGAUAUCCAUAAAAAAAAAAAAAAGGUAUUUUUUAACAUCACAAGAAGCUUAAUAGCAAGUCACUUUGUGAUUUGAACUCUUCUGCUGGUGCUUUUGGAAUUAUCUUUAUUCUACCAUGAUAUCAUUCUUUCAAUGUUGCAAGAUCAACUGGAAUCAUAAGUUGUGUGCUAAGAAUCUUGUGAUACUAUCUUGACAAAAUGUCUGUUUUUUAUCUAAGACCAAAUCUAAAAAAUAUAUAAUAGCAGACUACAAUAAUGUUUUGUAUAGUGCUACCAUAUCAAGUUAUUAUAAAGAAAAGUCUGGUAUUAAAACAAUUCUCCUGUGUCUGGCAAAAUAAUAUUGAAUGUGGAGAAACACUUUCAAUCUGUAGCAUAGUUAUGAGCUGUCUUGGCCUUUACUGAUUGAAAGCAAUAGUAAAUGAAAAACAAGAAUAAUACAAAGAUGGAAACAUAAAGCAAUGAAUAGGAAAUAUUAACAUGUAUACAGUAACUCACUGACAAAAAAAAAUGUUAUAAUAUCCAUUUUAAAUGUAUGGUGAUGACAAUGUAGUUGAGAAUCAUAAUACUGUGUAUAACAAAUUGACUGGACUGAAAGUUGGUAAACAGGUAUGAUACAAAAAAAUAUAUACUUUUGUUUUGACUGUAUCGUUGGGGAAAUCAGUAUUACCUGCUGGUGCUGUGUAAAGAAUGUACUUUUUCUUGUUUAAAUGGUUGAUAUUCCAGUCUGAGUGUGAGUGUUGAUUAUAUGAAGUGGUUCUGAAACAGCUGGCUCAAAUAGUGCAAUGUCUGAUGCUUCAAAAAAUACUAACUUUGAACGAUGUUUUAGUGGCACACCCUGACAAGCUUGGUAGAGGUAGUUUUUAUCUUUUAGAAUUUCAGGAAAAAAAAAAAAAGAAUUAAAAGCAGCAAGCAUAUUGGUAUUAACUGUCAAAAAGCAAAAUAGGUACAAUACUGCUUAAAUAUACAUUUUGUUGUUAUUAUUACAGUAAUAUAUGAUUUUUGUAUUUUUAAAAUAUUAUGGAAACAAGUUGUUUAUGAGUUUUAUGUCUGUGACUUAAAAUGUUGUUUUUUUGGUUUGAUAUAAUCAUUUUUUUAUGACUGAUCACAGAAUUGUUUAUUGAAAAUAGAGAUGUAUAGUAUCCCAGAAAUGUUAUGUUUGAAACACAUCAGUAUGGUACACAAAUAUAGACUUCUGCAUUGUGAGUACCUAACAUCAAACCACCAAAAAGUGCAUUUUCUUUUCUACAUAACAAUAAAACAAAUUAUCGGCCAAAUUGCCAAAUGCAUGAAUGCCUUUAACUGCAAAAUCUAUGAUAUUCGGAGCAAAUUGGUACAUUUUAUUGUGCAUGAAAUGGAAACAGAAGGUAAAUUUUAAUUUAAACAUAAUUACAUAUGAAAAAUAAUUCAACUCACAUACUGAUCAGGUAACUCUAAACUACCUUUACUGGUAUAAAAACAUACAUGUUUGAAUGAAACCCUCUGUGUCAGAAAUAUUGUAAAUAAGCCUAACCUAUGUAUUAUCUGCUUACAUAAAGCCAGUCUUCUCAAUUAAAAUUUAUAUAGACA